AUCUGCGUGAGUUAUCCAUUAUUGUAGCUUUAGAGGAAGUUGUGGUUGUAACGGUUUAGGUAUUUUUAUCGUAGUCGCAAUAACAUAUCUUCAUGUAGCACAGAGGCUGAAGGUACCUAUGGAUUAUCGAAGCCCAAUAAGUGGUUUUUGAAGUUGUUAAGUCAGAGUGCUAUGGCAUCAUCACUAUUAGAUAUGGAGAUUGACAGAACACAGAAAAUUGCAGAAUCCCAACUUCAGUUUCAAGAAUUUUCAGUGUCUGAUAUUGGAGGAGCUGCUGAAUUAGAUGUGAAGUCGUCACACACACUGACAUUCAAUCAUUCUCCUGAUACUCCGGGCUCAGAUGUAGAGGGACCAGAAUCAGAAUUGCUGGGAGGUGCUGAAGGAAAACAGACAGCCUCAUUUUGGACAUUUGAAUUCUAUCAGCAGUUCUUUGAUGUGGAUACAAAUCGAGUGGUAGAACGCAUUUUGUGGUCCAUGAUUCCUCGUCCUGGUGUUAGCUAUUUGCAGCAUCACAUUAAACCCAAACCUGACCUGUAUGGUCCAUUUUGGAUCUGUGUUACACUAAUCUUUACAAUUGCCAUUAGUGGAAACCUGGUUAACUAUCUUCAGACAGCAUCCACAAGGAAUUACCAUUGGAAAUAUGAUUUUCAUACAGUUACAUAUGCAGCCACUGCUAUUUUUAUUUAUGCCUGGCUCAUUCCAGCAGCACUUUGGGGUACCUUGAAGUGGUAUGGCAGCCAAGAAGCCAGACUGUCAUUCCUGGAGAUUUUAUGUGCGUAUGGCUACUCACUUUCUAUAUAUAUUCCGGUCUCCAUACUUUGGGUUAUUCAGAUUGAAUGGUUGCAGUGGCUCUUGGUAGGAACAGGAGCAGCUCUUUCUGGAUCAGUGCUGUUGAUGACAGUUUGGCCUACUGUGCAAGGUGAUAAGUGCUGCAUUAUUCUUGCAGCAGUAUUGGGUCUACAUAUUCUCCUUGCAAACGGUUUUAUGUUGUUUUUCUUUCAUGUGCCAACCAUG